UUGACAUUUAGUGGCAUAAACAAGAGAAGCAAGCUGUGAAAAAUUUUUACGUUAUAAUUUGUUUCGUAAAAAUGCUACAAAUGCGUUUAUCUACAAACUCUUCGGAGAAUAGUCAUCAAAUGGACAAGAUGCCCUUUGUAAAGCAAGAAGCAGUGGAGUUGUGUCGAAUAUGUGAGACAGUGGACAAUCUCCUUGACAUCUCCACUGAAGAAUUUAGUCACCUGUAUGAGAAACUCCACAAAAUUGCUGAGUUCGAGGGUGAUUACAGCGUUUGGCUGAAAUUUAUUUGCGUUACCUGCGGAACGAAGCUUGAAAAUGCUUUCAAUUUUAAAAUUCAAUGCGAGGACACAUUCAAGAAACUCGUUACACAAAUGGAAAACAACGUUGCAGAUCCCUUUUUUGAUAAUCCUUUCAAUGAAGACUGUGACCCGACGAAAGAGGAAAUUUCCGAAAGUAUUGCACAACAGAGAGCGAAAUCAUUUUUUGAAAUUUACGAACUCCCAGAAUCCAAUGUAGAAAAUAACAGUCAUACCGCGAUGAAUCGCAAUUCCUACGACCAAUCUCAGUUACAACAACAAAACUACAAUCAAAAUUUAAUGGAUAAACGAAGAAGUUUCACAAAUAGCGCCUUCUCAGGAGGAAGUUCCCUUAAAAUGGUUGCAAUGAGGAAUGCGGAAAAGCCCAAAAAUCAAUUUUCAUGCGCAAUAUGUAGUGAGACAUUUAAGGAGAAAUGGAAAAUGCGGGAACAUAUGCAGCGAGUACAUAUGGUUAAAAAACGCAAUAUCUGCGGUAAUUGCGGUGAGAAACAAUGCGUUUGCAAUGCAAUGUCGAGGCACUCACAAAGAGGCACUGAAAAGCCAUUCCAAUGUAACGUCUGCGGGAGAGGCUUCAGAACGAAAUCCUACAUGGAAUUACAUGAAAAGGAACAUGAUGUAUCGUCAAAAUUGCGAUCACUACUUAAUCAAGGUACUUCAAGUGCCUAUGAGCAAAUGGAGCAAAUGGAUAUGUACAACAUUAUGCCUCAACAGAAUGAAUCAGACUCUGCAAAAAUAUACAAAUGCCAAUACUGCGAUAAGGCCUUCCACCGACGACAAGGACUGAGGAUGCACUAUCAAAUACACACCGACGAAAGACCCUACCCGUGCACUUACUGCGAAAAACGAUUUAGAUGCCGUUCUCACCUCAAUCGACAUAUCUAUACUCAUACGGGUGAAAAGAAGUACAAGUGUCUUGUUUGCCACAAAUCCUUUACACAAUCCGGCAGUCUAAGGAUUCACAUGAGGAUCCACACGGGAGAACUCCCGUAUGAAUGCCAGAAUUGCCUAAUGAGAUUUAGAGUACGCAAAACACUGCUGAAUCACGUCAGUAGAUGUCCUCCAAUUAAUCAAGAAAGGUCUUCUUUGCGGCAUCAUCAAGACUCAAGUUCAGAUGAGGGUGAGAAUGAUGGUUCAUACACGGAGGGAAGUGAUAUGGAAGAUAUGCUAGAAGGACUAAGAAAUCAGAAAAUCAUCAAAUAUCGAGAUUCUGAUUUUUCAAUCGCAGAGGAGGACAUAACCAAAGAUCUAACCGAACUACCUGAAGAACACGGCACUCCAAAGGAUUCCCUCGUUGUUGCUUCUGCAGUGGUGGAUGUGGAAUAUGGAAACUCAGACGAUGGACCACCAACGUACACGUGUAACAUCUGCGGGAAGGGCUUCAAGAGACAGUCCAAUUUGAGGAAUCACAUGGACGGUGUUCAUUACAAUCGAAAACGCUGGGAAUGCAAUGUUUGCGAUGCAAAAUUCACCCACUAUAUAUCACUAAAUCUUCACCGAAAGGUCCAUGAUGGCGAAACAUUUGCCUGUGACAUUUGCGGAAAGGAAUUCACGACAUUGGUUUAUAUGAAAGCCCAUCGAAAUACGCAUUCGGGACCAAUUGGAACGGUCAGUGAAACAUAUAAAUGCGAAAUGUGCAAUCACGAGUCUACCAAUAAGAGUCAACAUUUGAAACACAUGAGCCUUCACGAAACAGAUAGACCCCACAAGUGUGAACACUGCGGGAAAAGCUUCCUGCGCAAGCAGUAUCUCUACGAGCACUACAGGAUCCACACGGGUGAACGACCAUUUCCCUGCCAUAUCUGCAAUAAGCCUUUUCGCUACAGAACACAUCUUAGUCGACACCUCAAAACCCACACCGGAGAAAAGAUGUACAAAUGCCAAGAAUGCGAUAAAUCUUUCAUGCAGUCCGCAAAAAGUGGCAUUAAAUCUGCAAAAAUGUUUCGACCCUACCUGUCCCAGAGUUCUUCAGGAAGUGGUCGUUUGGCGGGGAAGAAAUCUUUGGUGAAAGAAGAGGUUGUGGAGUUGUGCAGAGUUUGUGAGACGGUGGAAAAUCUUGUUGACAUUUCAACCGAGUCGUACAGUCACUUGAAUGAGAAAUUGCACAGGCUCGCUAAUUUUGAGGGAAAUUGCAGCUACUUGCUGAAUUUCAUUUGCAAAUCAUGCAGUCUGCAGCUGGAAAAUGCAUUCAGUUUCAAGGCUCGCUGCGAAAAUACUUACAAAAAGAUUAUAAGUCAAAUGAUUAUCAAUACUGUUGACCCACUAAAUGCUGAUCCGCUGGGAGAUGCAGCAACACAAAAUUAUGGUAAUGUUAAAAAGGAAGACAGAUGGACCGACGACGAUGACUCCCCGGCUGAAGACAGUGACAAUUACUUCAAUGAUACUCCUCAAGACUUUAUGGAAAAAACUGAGGAAAUAAAGAAGGAAACAGUCAAAACGAAUAAUAAAAAGAAAUCAUCAGGAUAUACGUAUAAGCCGAAGAAACGGGGAAAGAUGGUAUGGACAAAAUUGCCGGAUAAUUAUGAAAUUAUCAUUGAUAAGAGACGUAGAUGGACGUGUGCGAUUUGUGGGAGAGCAUUCCAGGAGAAAUGGAUCCUGAAGAAUCACAUUAAAGGUCUCCAUAGUUCCGACAAACCACAUGCGUGUGAUUUGUGCGACAACAAAUACUCACUGAAGUCUGCACUGAAGAGGCACAAAAUGACGCAUGAAGAUGCCCAGAUUCCCUGUGAUGUUUGUGGGAAGACAUUCAGGAAUUUGCUGUACAUGAAGAAGCACCGGAAGCACAAUCAUUCAGGAGAAAAACCACCCAGACCAAAUUCCGGAACACUCAUUUGCCAGACUUGUGGUCAUGUGGCAAAGAAUAGGAAUACCCUCGUAGCUCAUUUACGCAUCCACGCGGGUACGAAACCCUUCAAAUGCGAGGUGUGCAAAAAGGGUUUCCUGCGGAAGCAACAGCUGGACGUUCAUAGAACUAUCCAUUCCGGCGAGAGGUCAUUCCUUUGCCAUCUAUGCUCCAAAUCAUUUCGUGUGCGUUCCCAUCUCAAUAGUCACAUUGAAAGCCACAAUGCUGUACGGAAGCAUAAAUGCAAUUUCUGCGAUAAAUCCUAUUCCCAAACAUACAGCCUGAAGUUGCACAUAAAGAAUGAGCAUACCGGUGAACCACGCUAUGAAUGCCCAAAAUGUUUCAUCAAGUUCCGUGAUAGGAAGGAGAGAACAUGUCAUACGAUGGGUUGCUCAGGAGUACCACCCGCGGGGCCACCUAAAGAGGAGGAGUCAGUACAUCCCAGUGGUGCAACAGUGAUCGUUAAUUCAAAUCAGAUAGCACCAGCAGUACCAGUAGCAGUAGUCCCAACAACUUAUCAUGAUAAUCAUUCUAUGAGUAAUGCAGAAUAUUUAACACAAUUAUAA